UGAGCUUUGUGCAUAUUUUUGCUUCCCCAAUAAAACUUGACCUUAAGUUUCUUUGUUUCCACACUUCCUUCAUGUCUCUCUCCUUCUUCUUAUUAUAAGAUAUUACCAGACACACACACACAUUUCUUUUGUUGAGACUUGUGUGGAAGGUUACAUAAUUGGUUCUUCCAAAAACCUUCUCUACUUCAGCUCAAAUUUUCACAACAUUGGAAUGGGGAAACUAGGUAGAAUGUUGGAAACUUUUUGUCUUUCUUCUUGUUCAAAAACUUGUUUUUGCAUGAACACUACUGAAUUUGAAGAUGAAUUUGAGAAAAAGUCCUUGAUUAGUAGUGAAAGUGAUCAUAAACUAAGAUUGAAAGAUGUUGUAGCUGGAAAACAAACAUUGGCUUUUCAAUUGAAACCACAGAUAGUGAUAUUGAGGGUGUCAAUGCAUUGUCAUGGAUGUGCAAGAAAAGUUGAGAAACAUAUCUCAAAAUUAGAAGGAGUGAGCUCAUAUAAGGUGGAUCUAGAUACCAAAAUGGUAGUUGUUAUGGGUGACAUUCUUCCCUUUGAAGUGUUGGAAAGUGUAUCUAAGGUGAAAAAUGCAGAGAUUUGGAAUUCUCAUGCUAAUGAGGAGUAGUUUUGUACACCAAAAGUUGAAGUAGAAUGAAGGAACUAUUAUUUUCUGUUCUGUCAUUAUGUUGUUAUUGUUAUAAACAAUGUAUAGUAUCAUCAAUACCUAUGUCAUGCUUCAACAAUUGUCCUUCAAGAAAGUAAAAAUAAAUAAUCAAAGGUGUACUAAUGUCUCUUGUUUUGAGACUUUAGAUGUUUUGAGUAACACAAUGUAGAAUCAGGAAUUACUAA